AUGGCACCCCCUUCCAACCUGCACCCGGCCGUCGCGCGCUCCCUGGCGACAUGGCACGAGAUGAUCGCCGCCCGCGACCUGUCGCGCCUCGAGACGAUCGUGCACCCGAACGCCGUCUUCCACUCGCCCAUGUCGCACAACGCGUACACGCCGCGCGCGGCGCUCAUCCUCGCCCUCAGCACGGUCAUCACCAUCUUUGAGGACUUUGCGUACCACCGCGAGCUGGCGACCGACGACGGCAAGUCGGUCGUGCUCGAGUUCUCCGCCAAGGCCAACGGCAAGUCGCUCAAGGGCAUCGACCUGAUCCGCUUCGACGACGACGGCAAGAUUGUCGAGUUCGAGGUCAUGGUGCGCCCCUUGAGCGGGCUGCAGGCGCUCGGCGGCGAGAUGGGCAAGCGGCUUGGGGACAAGCUGCCGGCGUACAAGGCCAAGUUGUAG